GUCUGAGAUGAAUGCUACAACAUCGCAGCAACAAAAUGUUCUUAAGAGGAAGUCCGAUGAUGUAGGAUGGGAGUAUGGGAGUCUAAUUGAUCCUUCCAAUCUGGAUAAAGUGAAGUGUAUGUUUUGCAACCAUGUGAGCACUGGAGGUAUUUAUCGUUUGAAGCAGCAUGUGGGUCAUGUUAGUAAUGCUGUGGCAAAAUGCAAGAAAAGCUCACAGGAAGCUAAAGACAAGUGCAAGAAAUCUCUCGAGGAGGCAUCUAAGAAGAGAAGGGAAAAGACUAUCCGUGAGCUAGAGCUUAGAGAUAGUGUGAAUAUUUCUGGUGUUGGGGAUGAAGAAGUUAAUAUUGUUGGAAGAUCGGAACCACACAAGUUAGGUCCGCUUGACAAGUGGACACGUCCAAUUGAUCCUAAAUUAACUCAAGCUGAAGCCCUGCAUCAACAGAAGAUAAACAAGGAACUUUGGAAAAAGAAAACUCAUGAAGUGCAACAAUAUGUGGCUAGAUGGAUGUACAAUCAUGCUAUACCAUUCAAUGCUUGUGAUAACGAUGAUUUCAAGUUAAUGUGCGAGGCCAUUGGGAGAUUUGGCCCCGGAUUUGAGCCACCUUCUAAACAUGACCUUAGGGAGACUUUGCUUACUGAGGAGCAUGCAAGAGUGAAGAGUUUACUGCAGGAACGUGAUGCUGAAAAGAUGAAGAAUGGCUGCUCCAUAAUGACUGAUGCUUGGUCAGAUAGGAAGAGGAGAAGCAUAAUGAAUUUGUGCACAAAUUGUGCGGAUGGAUCAAGUUUUCUCAGGUCAAAGGAGAUGUCGGCUGUAUCCCACACGAGUGAAGUAAUAUUUCAACUAGUGGAUGAAGGAAUUGAGGAAAUAGGCCCGGAACAUGUGGUGCAAGUAGUGACUGACAAUGCCUCGAACAAUAUGGGAGCAAAGAAGAUACUGUUGGAGAAGAGGCCAAACAUGUUUUGGAGCUCUUGUGCCACACACACCAUCAACUUGAUGCUGCAAGGAAUUGGAAACCUUCCAAGGUUCAUGAAAGUAAUUGACAAAGCAAAAGCAUUCACUAUCUUUGUCUAUGGGCACACACGGACCUUGGACUGCAUGCGCCACUUCUCUUCAGGGAAAGAGAUCAUAAGGCCAGGGGUCACUAGAUUUGCUUCCGCUUAUCUAACAUUGGAAAGCCUUCUGGACAAGAAGGAUCAACUAAGGAAGAUGGUGGUUGAUGGUAGAUGGGAUAGUCUGAGAGAAGUUAAAUCAAAAAAUGGUAAGGCGGCAACAGCCACGAUUAUGAGCAUGGCUUUUUGGAAAGAUGUGAAGCUUUGCUUGAAUGUUUCUGAGCCUUUGGUGAAAGUCCUUCGUAUGGUUGAUGGGGAUGUCAAGCCAUCUAUGGGUUUUGUUUAUGGAGAAAUAGUUAAGGCAAAGAAAGAGAUCAAGGAAGUGUAUGGCAAUGUGGCAUCCCGUUACAAAGAUGUGAUUGUAGUUGUUGAGAAAAAGAUGAAAGAUCGACUUGAUUCUCCAUUGCACUUGGCUGCAUACUUGCUGAAUCCUUAUUAUAGUUAUGCUGAUACUAACAUAUUUGAUGAUGGCACAAUAACUGAAGGGUUCAUCAGUUGCGUCGAGACCUUUUAUCACGGUGAUGAUUCCAAGCAAGAUCAAGCUGUCAAUGUGGAAUUGAGGAAAUUCCAGAAUAGAGAAGGAUCAUUUGCAAAAAAGCUCGCGAGGACGUGUCAAAACUUUGAAUAUAAUGCAGCAUCUUGGUGGAAGCUCUACGGAAAUGAAGUGCCAACUCUACAGAGGAUGGCUAUGAGAAUCCUCUCAUUGACCUCAGGUGCUUCAGCUUGUGAAAGGAAUUGGAGUACCUUCGAAAAUAUUCAUACAAAGAAAAGAAAUAGGCUGACUACAGGACGCCUAAACGAUCUAUCUUUCAUAAAAUUUAAUUCAAGAAUGAUGGCCAAGAAACAGAUGAUCAAGGAAAAGAAGAUUGCUGAUGUCCUCUUUUCUACUGAAACUACUGAAGCUCAAGGUUUUCUUUUUGAGGGAGGAGAUGAUUGUGCUGUGGUCAUCUAUAGGGACGAGGAUGAGGAAGAGAUGGAUAGUACAGUACCAAUGGAAGUUGAUGAACAACUUGAGCCACGUAGAAGUGCAAGACUAAGACAACUUUAUGAAGCUGAGGAAUUUGAUUCUGAAGAAGAAGAGUUUGAUGAUGAGGAAGAGAAGCAUUCAGAUGAUGCAGAUGACUAAUGAGGAGAUCGUGCAUGAGCUUGUUUUUACAACUACUUAAG